AUGCCCCUCAGUGAGGUGGAGAAGUUGAUCUUGGGCUCUCCAGAUGAAGAUCCUAAGAAGGCAGAAGUUUUGCCUCCUGACAGUGCCAUCAUCCAUCCAAAUGGCCUGCGCUAUAGACAAAGACAAGACCACUCGUGGAGGAGAUUCGGGAGACAGACCCUCCUCCUGCAAUGCCAGUACUCACCCAAGACAGGACCCUAUCAGUCCAAGACCUGGUGUCAGCAGACAUCUCCAGAUUGGUGUACCAUACUUGUCACCGCUCAAGCCCCAGACAGCAGUUCAGAGAGUCUGGUUACACAAUGAUAGGAUGAGCCAGCUGGCUUCUUUAACAUCACCAUGAUUCAGCUGACACAGAGCGUGGAAUUCUACUGGUGUGGAAUUUACAGCACUUCCAAAAAAGUCAUCACCAUUCUUAGAGAUAUCGAUCUGGUGGUGUCUUCAGCCCCAACAACAUCUAUGUGGACCUUUCCUAGCUUUUUAACAAGCACAGUUCUGAUCAAUUCUCCAGAGGGGACCUCUGGCCAUCCCUCCAUCAAGGGCUCUGAGACCAGGAAAUCAAGUGUCCCUGCCUGCCUUGGCUCAGGUGGCCCUUUGCUGGUCUCUGUGCUGUGUGGACUCCUCAUGGCCAAGGGCCUGAUGCUGUGA